GAGCUCCUCUCCGCACUGAAGCCCGGACAGACCGACCGGCCGGAUGGAACUCUGACGUCACGCGCUCUGAUCGUCCGGAUUCCUUCUUAUUUCUCGUCUCUGAUUUUCAAACCGCGACAUUUUCUGUGGAUUAGUCGGUGAAUUCGGGACGUGCUUUUCCGUGUCGCUGUCCGGGAGGCUGCCGGAGCAGAGGAGGAGGACACCAUGGGUUUCUACGGCACCUUGAAGCUCAUCUUCUAUAAAAUGAAGAGGAAGUUGGAUCAUGGUCCAGACGGCCGGCCGUUCCCUUCAGGGAAGAAGCACUGCAAAGGCAACGGAUACCUCAGUCCGUCCAGCCUGGUUCAGGCCACGCCCACCACGUUCGGCGACCUGCGGCUAGCCAAUGGGCAUUCGGCUCAGCGGCGGCGCGUCACCUCCGGCCCGCCUCCGUCCGGCCUGCAGGACUGGCUCCACACCUUCCAGGCGUGGAGCGGCCCCGAACGCCUCCUGGCUCUGGACGAGCUGAUCGACAGGUGUGAGACCAGCCAGGUGAAGCAUGUGAUGCAGGUGAUCGAACCGCAGUUCCAGAGAGACUUCAUAUCCCUGCUGCCCAAAGAGCUGGCCCUGUACGUGCUGACCUUCCUGGCGCCCAGAGACCUGCUGCAGGCCGCCCAGACCUGCCGCUACUGGAGGAUCCUGGCCGAGGACAACCUGCUGUGGAGGGAGAAGUGCCGAGAGGAAGGCGUGUCCGAGUGUGCGUCGUCUGCUCGCACUAAGUGUGCGCUCAGCCCGUGGAAGUCGGUGUACAUCCGACAGCACCGCAUCGAGACCAACUGGAGGAAGGGCGACGCCCGGGAGCCCAUGGUCCUGAAGGGCCACGACGACCACGUCAUCACCUGCCUGCAGUUCAGCGGCGACCUGAUCGUUAGCGGCUCCGACGACAACACGCUCAAGGUCUGGUCCGCCAUCACCGGCAAGUGUCUGCGCACGCUGAACGGCCACACCGGCGGCGUGUGGUGCAGUCAGAUGACGGUCGCCACGGUGAUCAGCGGCUCCACCGACAGGACGCUGCGAGUGUGGGACGCCGAGAGCGGCGAGUGCGUGCACACGCUGUACGGACACACGUCCACCGUGCGCUGCAUGCAUCUCCACGGCAACCGGGUGGUGUCGGGGUCCCGGGACACCACGCUGCGGGUGUGGGACGUGUCGACGGGCCGCUGCGAGCACGUGCUGACGGGCCACGUGGCGGCGGUGCGCUGCGUCCAGUUCGACGGGCGCCGCGUGGUGUCGGGCGGGUACGACUACAUGGUGAAGGUGUGGGACCCCGAGACGGAGGUGUGUCUGCACACGCUGCAGGGACACACCAACAGAGUGUACUCGCUGCAGUUUGACGGCGUGUUUGUGGUCAGCGGCUCGUUGGACACUUCCAUCAGAGUCUGGGACGCUGAGACAGGUGGCUGCAUCCACACGCUGACGGGCCACCAGUCGCUGACCAGCGGCAUGGAGCUGCGCGACAACGUCCUGGUGUCCGGGAACGCCGACUCCACGGUCCGGGUGUGGGACGUCCGGACGGGACAGUGUCUGCACACGCUGCAAGGGCCCAACAAGCACCAGUCGGCCGUGACCUGCCUGCAGUUCUGCCGCGGCCUGGUUCUGUCCAGCUCGGACGACGGGACGGUCAAACUGUGGGACCUGCGGACCGGAGCCUGGCUGCGGGACGUGGUGGCGCUGCAGAGCCGGGGAUCAGGCGGCGUGGUGUGGAGAAUCCGAGCGUCCGACACCCGGCUGGUGUGCGCCGCUGGCAGCCGGAACGGGACCGAGGAGACCAAACUGCUCGUGCUGGACUUCGACCUCGAGGACAAGAAGAAGGAGACCGAGUGAGGAGGAGGAGGAGGAGGAGGAGGAGGAAGGACGAGGACUGACGCCAUUGCACCCAGACGAAGGACGCCGAUAUCGGACUGUCUGGUUUAUUUAUUUUUUACAACAAAGCUUUUGGAAAGUGACUUUUUUUUGGGACCAAAGUCAAGACUGGAUCAUUUCCGUUUUUCCUUCGCUGUCAGGUGUGAAUGUUACGCUGCGUCCUGAUUGGUCCUCAGUGACCAAACAGGAAGUGAAAUAUCCGGUUCAGACGGUGACGACAGAUGAAUGUUUCAUGCUUUAAUGGACACCAAAAACAAAAAAAGAUAGUUGUAAACGGUUACUAUGACAACGUGUGAAUGUAAACAAGGGCAUUCACUCCUACUGCUGCUGAACUAACGAGUCAAACCAACCAAUCAGAAUCUACCAAAUCUCCCCGGCCGGAGCCACAUGAGCGGCGACACAUACGCAAAUGCGUGACGCCUCUUUUUUUUUCCCACUCUCGUCUCUCUGAGGUCGUGGCGUUCUGUAGCCGAUUGAAACACGGGAGCGGGGAAUGUUCUGGUUUCAUCCCGCGAGGAAGCAAAGCCUCACAUCAGCAGCUUCACCAAAAACAAACGUUUAAAGCUGCAGUUUAGUUCAAGAUGACGAUUUCUCCCACCUCCAACCAAGAAGAUACGUUUCUUUAAUCUGUCUGAUGACUUGUUGAAAAAAACUACUUAAAAUUUUGUUUUCUUAUAAAGUAACAUCUAAAAAAAACCCAAUUUUGUUUUUAAGGGAAUGUUACAAAAUGUUCUAAUCAGCAAGUAUUUUAUUUUUUACAAAUGAAAAUUUUAAAUUUUCUUCUAAUUUUUAAUUAAAAAAAAAAGUUUCACCCCAAAAAAUAUAAAAAUCUGUCAAUUUGGAAGAAAAAGACAAAUUUUUGUGACCUCAUCAUUGCAAUGACAUCACAGUUGUGACAUCAGUGCCAUGGUGACAUCAUUACCUUGUGACAUCAUUAUCAUGGUGACACCAACUUCAGCUUCAAAGAGCCCCCUUCUUUUAAAAUUCAAUCAUGAGAAACUCAAUUUUCAUUUGCGAGAAUUAAAUAAUGUUUCUUCUUACUCGACUCUAAAACUUCCUCAACGCUGCUUUUAAAAUUGCACUAAACUGCAGCAUUAAAACUUUUAUUUUUUGGUUUGAAAUCUGUUUUUUGGCCUUUCUUUGAUCUUGAAUUCCUUCCGGUUUUUCUAUUUUAUUUUUUUUUUGCUAUCAAAUCGCCCCACAUGAAAAAUGUUUCAAGAACGAACACGAUGAUGAUGUAAAGAGCUGCGGUUGCCAGGCAACACCUCCAGCAUAUAAGCGAGAGUCCCGCGCAACGUUUCCACGGCAACAAGUGGUAUUUUCCAGGCGGGAAUGUGGAUCUUGUUGCAGCUGUGGGGCUCCAAAACAUGUAAUCAUGUAAAAAAAAAUGUGGAGAAGCAGAUUGUAAAUACGAAGAGGAUGUAAAUAUUCAGCUUUUUAUAAGAAGAAAACAGAGGAAAUAUGGUCGGGAGGGGGCGGAGGGAGGACUCUAUCAACCAA